CGCAACCGCCGGGAGCUGAUUGGCUGCGCGGGGAGACUCCGAGGGCUUUGCAACAGGAGCACAGGGCACUCGGGUCCUGCAGCCUCGGGAGUAGGUGCCGCGCGCCCGCCUGCAAGCCCGCGCGCCAGCCCGCCUGCAAAGCCCUGCAACCCCCUGCAAGCCCUGCAAGGCUCGCAGCCCGCCGCGCGUCCGGGAUCCCGGGCUGCACUCAGGCCCCACUUGCGCUGCCACCUUUGCGCCGGCUCCCUCCUCUACCCGAGGGCCACCCUCCCUCCGAGCACUGGGUAGGAGCGCGGCCCGCGAAGCCAGGCAGGGCUGGGGACGGCGCCUUUUGUCUCCGGUGAUCCCCUGUAAGUUUGCGGCGGCGGCCGAAACGCGAGCGGGCGGGCGGCGGAGGCAGCCCCGACGUCGCGGGAGCGAGUGCGCGGAGGCAGCAUGGGCAGCGGGCGCAGCGCGGGGGGCCGGCUCGGGGCCGCCUCGGGCGUGCUGCUGGUGCUGGCCGCCGGGCUCCUGGUUGCGGGCUCGGCCAGCGAGUACGACUACGUGAGCUUCCAGUCGGACAUCGGCUCGUACCAGAGCGGGCGCUUCUACACCAAGCCGCCGCAGUGCGUGGACAUCCCGGUGGACCUGCGGCUGUGCCACAACGUGGGCUACAAGAAGAUGGUGCUGCCCAACCUGCUGGAGCACGAGACCAUGGCCGAGGUGAAGCAGCAGGCCAGCAGCUGGGUGCCCCUGCUCAACAAGAACUGCCACAUGGGCACACAGGUCUUCCUCUGCUCGCUCUUCGCGCCCGUCUGCCUCGACCGGCCCAUCUACCCGUGCCGCUGGCUCUGCGAGGCCGUGCGCGACUCGUGCGAGCCCGUCAUGCAGUUCUUCGGCUUCUACUGGCCCGAGAUGCUCAAGUGUGACAAGUUCCCCGAAGGGGACGUCUGCAUCGCCAUGACCCCGCCCAAUGCCACCGAAGCCUCCAAGCCCCAAGGUACCACUGUAUGCCCUCCGUGCGACAAUGAGCUGAAAUCGGAAGCCAUCAUCGAGCACCUCUGUGCCAGCGAGUUUGCUCUGAGAAUGAAAAUCAAAGAAGUGAAAAAAGAUAAUGGUGACAAGAAGAUCAUCCCCAAGAAAAAGAAGCCCCUCAAGCUGGGACCUAUUAAGAAGAAGGAGCUGAAGAAACUUGUCCUGUAUCUGAAGAAUGGGGCGGACUGCCCCUGCCACCAGCUGGAUAACCUCAGCCACCAUUUCCUCAUCAUGGGCCGGAAGGUGAAGAACCAGUACCUGCUGACGGCGAUCCACAAGUGGGACAAGAAAAACAAGGAAUUCAAGAACUUCAUGAAGAAGAUGAAAAAUCAUGAAUGUCCUACUUUUCAGUCUGUCUUUAAGUGAUUCUCUUGGGCCAGAGGGCGGGAGUGAGUUGGGGGAGUAUGUGUAUGUGUCUGGAGGAGGGGGGGCACUGGGUGAGGGAGUGGGCUGAGCAGAGCACCCCAGACCCUGGUUGAUGGAGGAUGCUGUCGUCCAUGGACCUCGCUCCUGCAGCACCCACCCAACCCACUCCUCCCUCCACAGCCAACCCCACUAUAGCCAAUAUUUAAAACCGCAUGCCCAGGUAAGGAAAACCAUUUAGAUUAGGAAGCCCUUUAUGAUUUACAGUGUGGAACAGCACGCUGCCAAGUCAAAGGAGAUGUAGCACCAUUCCACCCAGAAGCAUUCACUAAGCCAGAAUGGUUUGCCAGUAAAAAGCAGAUUGGGGAAAAAGAGAGCAACAAAAGAGUCAGUUCUGCAACUUUCCCCCUCUUA